AUGGCGAAACAGGGUUCAAUGUUUCUACGGUUCCGUCAAUUCGAUGCCUAUGCAAAAACACUAGACGAUUUCCGCGUCAAGACAACGGCCGGUGCUGCUGUUACGGUAAUCAGCGCGUUAAUUAUUAUAUACCUGGUCUUAUCUGAACUUGUGGCAUAUCGCACGCCCAUAUGGGAUCCUGAGCUGGUGGUUGACAAAGGAAGAAAAGAAAAGAUGAACAUUCAGUUCAACGUUACAUUUCCCAAAAUGCCUUGCCACAUGCUUAGUAUAGAUAUUAUGGAUGACAGUGGAGAACAUAUAACCGGAUAUACGCAUGAUGUCUAUAAAGUACGCCUUGAUCCAAUGGGUGUCAAGAUCGAUACCGAAAAAGCAAAGAAGCUAGGUGACAAUACUAAGGGUGCCGAAUUAGCACUACAAAAGCAAGGCGAAAACGAAUGUGGCAGCUGCUUUGGUGCGAAACCGCUACGCGAAGACGGAUGCUGUAAUUCGUGCGACGAUAUCAGACAAGCCUACGCUGGUAUGGGAUGGGGAAUGGGCGACAUGGACCGCUUUGAACAAUGUGUUCGAGAAAACUGGCGCGAAAAGAUCGAUACGCAAGCAAACGAGGGCUGUAAUCUACAUGGACAACUACAAGUCAACAAAGUGCGUGGCAACUUCCAUAUUGCCCCAGGCAAGUCGUUCCAACAUGCCAAUAUGCAUCUUCACAAUCUGCAAUCCUAUGUGCAAGGUGCAUCAGAUGGUCAUCGAUAUGAUAUGUCGCAUGAAAUCCAUCAUUUGAAAUUCGGUCCCGAUCCAACAACGAGUUUCCAAAUUACUAAUGUGGCUGCUACUGCAGCUGUCACCAAUGCAUUGGCGGGCACCAGAAAAAUGACAAACAAAGCCUAUACGGUGUAUCAAUACUUUUUGAAAAUCGUCUCGACCCAAUUGCAGCCUCUUAGUGGAAACUCUAUCUACACUAACCAAUACUCAGUGACUCAAAGCGAACGCACUCUGGCUGAUCAAGGGGGUGGCCUACCAGGUGUGUUCUUUAUCAUGGAUAUAUCGCCUAUGCUCAUCAUUUAUCGGGAGGAUCGACGGUCUUUUGCAAGUUUCCUUACAGGUGUGUGCGCUAUCGUGGGAGGCAUCUUUACAGUAGCUGGCCUGUUUGAUCGAGUUGUAUACCGUGCCGAGCGCGCACUCAAGAAAAAGCGAGACCUGGGAAAAACUCUCUAA